UCAAGGCAAAAUUAAAUACGUGGAUUGGGAGUGACGGUGCUCGAAUAUGCAGGCUAGAGGAUCUAUUUAAUUUUAAAAAACACCCAGGGCAUUUCAUAUCACCGGGAUGGGGGUAAGACGUUGCUGACUGCUGACCCCCACCGAGUAGGUGGGAGCGACCAGAAAAGACGUCAACUAUUUACCACGCCCAUUUUGAAGAACCCCCAGUCCCCUUGACAGACACUCGAUGCUCAAGAGCCAUGGCCAUGAAUCUCGAUCUUACCCGCCCACUCUCGAUCUCAUCUAGCAGUGCAAGACACCGUGCAUCUGUUCCAGCGAGCCCCGCUUCCGAGAAUGACACUCCGCCCUCCCACGCGGUCACUGUCGCCCUGCGAUGGAACGAGUCAAAGACUAUGAUAUGGAGAGUACUGGCUACUUUCUGGGGUGCACUGGUCAUGGGCGCCAAUGAUGCAGCAUAUGGGGCGAUAAUCCCUUACCUCCAGCUUGACUACAACAAGAGCUAUACUAUCAUUUCCCUAGUAUUCCUGUCCCCAUUUCUGGGCUACACCAUCUCCGCUGUCGUUAUUAAUCUGAUCCACCAGCGCCUUGGUCGUCGUGGCGUGGCGUCCAUCGGCCCAGCAUGUCACUUGCUUGCCUUUGCCGUCAUCUCAGCAAAUCCCCCCUUCUCGGUGCUGGUGAUAAUGUACAUCUUUGUCGGACUUGGCAGCGGGAUCCAGAAUUCCGGGUGGAAUGUGUGGAUCAGCAGUAUGGCCAAUUCUCACGAAGUCCUCGGAUGUUUUCACGGAUUCUAUGGCAUCGGGGCUACAGUUAGUCCUCUUGUUGCGACUAGCGUGAUCACGAAAGCUGGCUGGGAAUGGAAUUCAUACUAUUACCUUCUGACGGGGGCUGCGGUUUUAGAACUCGUCAACGCCACUAGCGCCUUCUGGUCGGAGACUGCAUCCAAGUAUCAACAGGAUCAUCCGUCUUCUGCUGAUAGAGAUGGCGGUGGGUCUCUCAACCAGACCCGAUUAUCACUCACGUACAGAGUCACCUGGAUCUGUUCAAUCUUUCUCUUCCUGUAUGGCGGCAUCGAGGUCGCUAUCGGAGGUUGGAUCGUCGUAUUCAUGGCCAGUGUCCGCCAUGGCAGCCCCUUUGCAUCUGGUAUGGCUGGAACAGGCUUCUGGCUCGGCGUCACAAUGGGCCGCUUUGUACUGGGGUUCGUCACACCUCGCAUUGGAGAGAAAAUAUCGAUUAUCGUCUACAUUUUGCUUGCUAUUGCGCUUGAAUUGGUCUUCUGGCUCGUUCCGGAGUUUAUCGUCUCGGCCGUAGCGGUUGCACUGGUUGGGUUCUUCUUGGGAACCAUUUUCCCCGGCGUUGUGGUGGUUGCUACUCGGUUGUUGCCAAAGCACUUGCAUGUCGCAGCCAUUGGGUUUGCAGCUGCGUUCUCUAUGGGCGGGGGAGCCGUCUUCCCUUUUAUGAUCGGUGCUAUUGCGCAGGCCAAGGGAGUGACAGUACUGCAGCCCAUCUUAGUGGCGAUGUUGGCUGUUGCGCUGUUGAUUUGGGGGACGGUACUGCGGGCUCCGGUCUCGCAGUCACAGCAUGAAGUUUGAUAGAGACUGGCCUAUCAAUAAUGGAGCCAGUGUUCGAUCUUGCCAAUCAUUCUGCAAUCCGGUUGGACGUGUCUAGACCAGGAUAGAGUUGAGGAGCUGAUAUAAAGCCCUAAAACU